AUUUUGAUGCCAGGGGAAGAAGCAUGUUACUUUGGGGCACAUCGCGUUUGACCUUGAUGAAAAAGGAGAUUGAGGGUAAUGAAUUAUCAUAUUCUAGAAGUGGUUCACAUGAUCUUUGGCCUAGUACAUCCAACUAUGUUCUCCAAGUUGUGUCAUCAAAAAAUUCAGAGUCACCUCUGGUGUAUCUUUACUUUUUGGAUUCUUGUGGUGGUACGUACCCUGAAGUUAUAUCAAGUGCACAAGUAGAAUGGUUCCAGCAUCAAUCGGCAGAGAUCAAUCCCGACUCAAGUGUGCCUGAGCUAAUCUUCUGGCAUAUACCAAGUAAAGCUUAUGAGGAGGUGGCUCCAAAGUCUGGAAUAGACAAGCCUUGUGUGGGUUCAAUUAACAAAGAGAGUGUUGCUGCUCAAGAUGCAGAAUUAGGUAUCAUGAAAAUCCUUGAAGCAAGGCCUUCAGUCAAGGUAAGUUCAUAAAUAAAUACGCUUAAUAGGCCAAAAACGUAUAUUAUUUUGCUUCAUAGAUACGGCCUUGAUUUAGUUAUAUAUGUUCAAAUUAGGACAUGAUCACAUUUUUUUUUUUGAUCAGCCAAAGAAAAAGGAAUUUAAUUU